AUGGACUUAUUUCUUGAUGUUGUGAUUAUUGGCGCUGGCAUGUCUGGCAUCAAUUUUGCGCAUCGCCUCCAGCAGUCUAAUCCUACUCUCUCCUUUGUUGUCUUAGACGCACGGAACUCAAUUGGCGGAACCUGGGAUUUCUUCAAGUAUCCUGGCAUACGAUCUGACUCCGACCUAUACACAUACGGCUUUUCAUGGUAUCCGUGGACAGAAGACCGCGCGAUCGCCGAUGCAGCGAGCAUCAAACAUUACCUGAAUAAAGCGAUCGAGUACACUGGCCUGGCGUCUCAUAUCAAGUUGCGUCAUAAGGUGACGAAGGCAGAUUUCAGCAAGGAGAGCGCAAAAUGGACGUUAACAGUUGAGGAGGAUGGUCGGAUAAAAUCCAUGAUCUCUCGAUACACCAUAUUUGGUACUGGAUAUUACGACUACGAACAGCCUCUGAGUACGACAAUCCCAGAGCUCAGUCAAUUCAAGGGACAGAUAGUACAUCCUCAGUUCUGGCCUGAUGAUCUAAACUACAAGGAUAAAAGAAUUGUGAUCAUUGGGUCAGGUGCGACAGCAGUAACACUACUUCCCAACCUUGCCAAACAAGCAAAACAAGCCAUCAUGCUGCAGCGCAGUCCAGGAUAUAUCGUGUCAAUGGAUAACAGAGCCUCACCGUUGCUGAAGUGGCUUCUUCCGAAGGCGCUUGUCUGUGGAGUGCUAAGGUUCUGGUUCCUGACUUCGCUUUUUCUUCAGUUCCAAUUCUGCCGCAAAUUCCCAGAGUUUUCCAAGCGGAAGCUGAAAGACAACAUGAGGCGCCAGCUCCCCCCAGACAUUGAUAUCCAACCACAUUUUUCGCCAAAGUACAAUCCUUGGGAACAGCGGCUCUGUCUCUGUCCCGAUGGAGACUUCUUCGCUUGUCUGCGAGCCGGUACGGCCUCGGUAGUGACAAGCCGCAUCCGUGGAUUCCGGGAAAAUAGCCUUCUACUGGAGAAAGGAAACAGAAUCGAUGAUGUUGACAUCAUUGUGACUGCGACUGGGCUCAAGCUGGUCUUUGCGGGGAAGGUUCAGAUCUCAGUGGAUGGUACCAGCCUCGAUACCUCAAAAAAGCUUCUUUGGAGAGGUUGUAUGUUAGAGGAUACACCAAAUGCUUGCUUCCUCAUGGGUUAUACUAAUGCUUCGUGGACCCUUGGAGCCGAUGCAUCGGCUGUUCUCUUCUGCCGUCUGCUGUCCGAUAUGCAACGGUCACAACAAGCAACUGUGACACCCUGUUUCCAGGGAGAUACGAAAGAAAGGACCUCGAUGAAAACAGCCUCAUAUUUGAACCUAAACAGUACCUACGUGGCAAAGGCCACAGCCGCCUUGCCAAAGAUAGGUGACAGAGGCCCGUGGAGGAUGCGGCGUAAUUACUAUCUUGACUAUUGUAUUGCACGAUGGGGUAAUCUUUCUAAUAGUCUCUCUUUUGGCAAGGACGAUGUCACUCAGAAGAAGAACUUAUAA